UCAUUAUCAGUAACAAUAUGCAACUGUUAAUAAAACAAGAGUUUGUGUCAUCAACAGAACAAUACAAAACAUGUUUUCCAAGCAGAUUUUCUGGGCUUUUGUCUUGUUACAACCAUUAAUCAUUAGUGCAGUAGAUGUGAAUGACAAUUUACUCAAUGAUUUAGUUGAAAGGAUAGGUGUUCUUGAAGAGCGAGGAAAGGCACAAGAAUUGCUAAUCAAAGAUCUUCAAGAUCAAGUUACUGAGUUACAGAGAGAAAAGACCAGAAUGUUGAAAAAUGACUACCAGCAUGAAAGAAAUAUGAAAUUUUACAAUGAUCAUGUGACACCUCAACAAAAUGGCAACAAGGAAGCUACUAGUUCCAUCUUGAAGAUAGUGAAGCGCAGCCUAAACAAUACCUUACCAGAAACAAAUUUAACUGCUGAGUACCAAGAUGCAUUAUUACUUUCAUUUGGUGGUGGUGGUGGUAGUGGUAGCAGUAAUUACGGUACCAAUAGUGAUGGCCUUGGUAGAGUAGCAUUCCAUGCUACAAUAGACAAAAAUACAGGGUAUCCAUAUGCAGUAUCUCAUCUUACAGUUGGUCAAGUGAUUGUUUUUGAUCAAGAAAAGGUUAACAUUGGAAGUGGAUAUCAUAGAUCUACUGGACUUUUUAUUGCACCAUUGCCAGGUGUGUACAUGUUUUCAGCUUCUGUGAUGACAAAGGGAGAGAUACAACUAAAUAUUGUUAAAAAUGGCGUACCAACAGCUGGGAUGUUUGCAUCCGAUAGACAACAAGGAUCUGUUACUAUGGUAACAGAGCUUCAAGUUGGGGAUGAAAUACUAGUAAGAGUGCAAAGUCCAAAUGAUGCAUAUAUCUGGGGAGAUCGUCUUACAAGUUUUUGUGGUUUUUUGAUAGCAUAAUGUUGAAAGCAGUCCUAGUUUGAGAAUACAAGUUGCUUUAACUACAUGUGCAUGUAACGAUUACUCGUACAUAUUCUGGAUUUACUAUUACUGCAUCAACUGUUUGCAUUUUCUAUUUCAAAUCCUUACUACUAGUAAAGAAACAAAACAGCUCA